UUGCAUGGGUUGAAUUUGUUUAGAACGUUUUAGAUGAACACAUAACUCUUUAAAUAUGCAAUUAAGGUACACGGCUAGCAACGGUCUCAUCUUCAAAUUCUUCGCCAAUUGAAAUUUGGAACAGGACAAAUGCGACAUCCUCCCCUUCUGUAAAGAUGGCUGAAGCACUUGAAAGGAAAAGGAACCUCGAAGAAUCUCUCUGGAACAGAGAAACAUGGUUAAUUGUCGUAGAAUCGUCUGUCGUCGCCGUCAUCAUAACUGCAGCAUUAAUUGGAAGCAUCGUUCUCUGCUUGGCAAUGUUCAAAUUUCGUUCACUCUGUAAUAAAACGCAAAAUUACCACAUCAUUGCAUUAGCAGCUUCAGACUUGCUUUUUACACUACUUUGUGUUACCUUGGACUUGGCUGUAGUGAUUCUAGGGAGAUGGCCAUUUGGUGAGACGAUCUGUCAGAUACAAGGCAGCUUAACAUAUUGCUAUUCAAGCUUUUCGCUUCUGAACAUGACACUAAUAGCCCUAAAUCGUUACGUGAAAAUGGUUAGACCGGCGAACAUUUAUCAGAAGAUAUACACUAAAAAUAACGUUCUGCUAUCGAUAGCUGCUUGUGGAAUUUUCUCUGGAGUCUUCAUUAUUCCAUUUUUUGCGCAGCGGUUUUGUUUUCAUCCUGGUGUUUCGGCCUGCCUCGUCUGCAAGAACGAAACUACACAAGAACGGGCUCUUCUUCUCAGUUCUUACUCAAUUUUAAUUGCCAUAACAUGUCCUGUUAUGGUAUUCUGCUACUACAAAGUGUUUCGCAAAGUUCGCGCUCAUUUUGCUCAAAUUGCGGACAGCACUCUUCACGUGGACACAAUGAGAUCGUACAAGGAAGAAGUUAAAAUCACCAAAAUUCUUUUCGCCAUUUUAGGGGCGUUUCUGGUUUGUUGGACUCCUGCUUUUACCUUCGAAAUUUUGGGUACCCUUCGAGGAGAUUACAAACUACAGCGUCAAGUGUACCUCAUUAUGUUUUACACUGGUGCAGCAAAUUGCGCUAUUAAUCCUGUGAUCUACGGUUUGAUGCAGAAACACUUCCGAGACUCUUACAGAAAAGUUUUAAAAUGUAAAACCUGA